UGAGCUAAACAGACCGGCAGUUUGAGAGCAGCCACCAAGCAUGUGAGGUGUCCUGGAUGCGUGUCAUCAUGAGGACUCGUGCUGCCAUGCUAAUUGGCGCCCUUCUCUGCCUGCUGCCGCUCGUGUCGGCCGUCGAGGACAGCGCAGAGAAUGCAGACAACCAAGAGAGAGGAUGGGCGGGCACCCUCUGCUCACCGCCAGAGAUGGCCCUCGACGGCAACUCGGUCAUCUCUUCCACCACCGAUUACUCCAAGGUCGUCGAGGUCAUGUUCCACGGCGCCAUCGGGCCUUCGGGGGAGCGGAGGCUGUGCAGGAUCCAGUGCCUCCAUGGAGAGUGGGUCGGCCCAAUGUGUCAAAUAAACGUUGCAAAAGCACCGGGCGGCGACAUUUACGGACCUCUCUUGCGAAGCUGUCAUUUCGGCGCUCUUCCGCCUCAGCUGCUGGUGAUGUACAAGAAUGUCAGCAUUGUGGCGGACACGAGGGUGCCGUUUCCGGACGGCACGCAGGUGAUGGUUCGGUGUCGUGAGCUCGGCGUCUACAAGCUGCUCGGGGAGUCAACCCUGACGUGCCAGGGUGGCGUGUGGAACCACCAGGUGCCCAACUGCAUCCCCACUACGCUGCUAACCAACUUCACAGAUGACGCUCCUCCCACAAUUCUUGUGCGAGUGCCUGCUGGUUCCGCUUCCGUUGAGCCUGACGGCGAGCUGGCCGUGUUUCCGGGCAGCAUCAUCCACCUGGAGUGCGUCUUCGCACGCAAGCUGGGCAACCCUGAGUGGAGCUGGUCGUCGGCCUUCAGACAGUACCUGACAGGUUGGGCGAUAGCGCCGGAGGAGCGAGAUUGGAAGUAUCGCCUCUCCAUUUAUUACAGUAAGCCGCAGGAUUCAGGUGUGUUCACUUGCACGACGCCCCACGGACUCACAAACAGCGUCACAAUCAAUGUUGUGGCUGUUCACUGCGCGCCCUUGGAGGUUGAUGACCCGCACGUGACCGCAAGGGUCGAAGGCAGCAGACUGGGCCAUACAGCGGUGUUCCAGUGUCCCAUGGGCUUCGUCCUGAACGGCACCGCUAAUCUCACUUGCCACGCGACAGGAAAGUGGUCCGGAACGCCACCACAGUGCAACCCAGUGCGGUGUCCGCGGCUUCGGGACAUUGGCGACCCGCACCUGGAGCUGAUCGAACAGAACACGACGUACCUAGGCCGUGCGUACUACCGCUGUCGGUGGGGCUACCGACUGACGGGGCCGCCGGGGCUCGAGUGCGGCAGCGACGGCAAGUGGAUCGGUGAGGUGCCGCGCUGCCAGCCGGUGCACUGUCCGCCACCCAAGCCGCCAUUCAACGGUCGCAUCCUCGAGGCCGGCGGCAGAGCACUCUCGGACGGCAGGUAUGCCGUCGGUAGCGCUGUCCAGUUCGGCUGCUCAGAUUCGCACCAGCUGGUCGGUGAGCCCACCAUUGUCUGCACUGAGAACGGAUUUUGGUCGCACAAAGCGCCACUUUGCAAGCCGCGGUGUCCAUAUCCAGGCGACCCGGAGAACGGCCGCAUAGCGCCGCUCAAGUUUUAUUACGAGCCCGGGGACCACGUCAAAGUGACGUGCAAUCCGGGCUUCGUGAUUCGCGAGCGCACCGCAACUUCGAGGCCGAGUUGUCGGCAAGACGGCUCAUGGUCGGAGGAAAUCCCCAGCUGUGUCGACUACACUCAGGUCUGAGUGAGCGAGCACGGAUUUUUGCACUUUUCCGCCGCAAGCACAAGUGAACCGCGACGGCAACUUGCGAGUGGAAUUGACGUUUAAUUGUGUCAUAAUGACUUCCUUGGCUGGGAACGAGUGUGUUGUGUACGCCAAAUGCAAGAGUUACAGCCCGCGUGGUUUUUAGUUAUUUGUAAUAUAUUUGUGAUGCUUUUAUUGGGAACGUGUGAGUUCUGCGAGUUCUGCGUGUGCAUGUGUACCUACUUUUGUAAAACGAUAAGCGUAGUGGCGCCACCUGAUCGCAUUCAUGUAAUCAACACUCGUGUGUUAUUUGAUACUUAAUGGGGCUAAUAUGUGAACCCUAGAUUAAAUGUUUAUGUAACAUCAGAAGGGCUGUGAAAUUUUAAAUCUGACCGGUCGCAUCUGGUAAAACCGUUUCAGUUGAAUAAUGUGUCUUAAAAUUUAAUCCCCGAAAAUUUAAAGAAAAAUACAAUUUUUACUGAAAGGGUGAAAUUAGUAAGAUCAUUAGGUGCACGAGUAUAUCCCAACCGUAAAAAGACGAUGUAGUGACAUGUACGUAUCCGACAAAAUUCACAGUCCUUCUCAGAUAGCUGUAGCCUAUAUGAGAAAAUGAUUAUUGCACAAGAUAUUUUUUUCUUAAAUGAUGGAAAAUUCAAGUGUAUUUGACUGCGAUGUAAGUAAUUUAAUCAUCAGGUGGCGCCUUGCUUGGAUCAAAUAUUCGUAGCAUUAUAUAUUAGAGUGCUGGACCGCGAUCUUGAAUGAUCUCAAAACCCGAAAAAUGUACGUAGAUCUCAUAUUUGAAAUAAAAUGGUAAUUACUGCGGCUAGAGUAUCAUUUGCCUGUUGCAAUAGUGUACAUACAAACAAUAAAAAUGACGGAAUGUAAA